GAGCCACCGUCCGCACAGCCCCGCCCCGCACGGCCAGGCGAAGCGGAGCCGGCCGUGCGGUGUGUGUGUAUGUGUUCGCGGGGCGCCGUCUCAGCCCCGAGAAGAUGGUGGUUGCAGCGGCGGCGACUGAGGCAAGGCUGAGGAGGAGGACGGCGGCGACGGCAGCGCUCGCGGGGAGGAGCGGCGGGCCGCACCGGGACUGGGACGUGACCAGGGCUGGGAGGCCGGGGCUGGGGGCCGGGCUGCGCCUCCCGCGGCUGCUGUCUCCGCCGCUGCGGCCACGGCUGCUGCUGCUGUUGUUGCUCUCGCCGCCGCUGCUGCUGCUGCUGCUGCCCUGCGAGGCCGAGGCCGCGGCGGCGGCGGCGGCGGUGUCGGGCUCAGCCGCAGCCGAGGCCAAGGAAUGUGACCGGCCCUGUGUCAACGGCGGUCGCUGCAACCCUGGCACCGGUCAGUGCGUCUGCCCCGCCGGCUGGGUGGGCGAGCAAUGCCAGCACUGCGGGGGCCGCUUCAGACUAACUGGAUCUUCUGGGUUUGUAACAGAUGGACCUGGAAAUUAUAAAUAUAAAACGAAGUGCACAUGGCUCAUUGAAGGACAGCCAAAUAGAAUAAUGAGACUUCGUUUCAAUCAUUUUGCUACAGAGUGUAGUUGGGACCAUUUAUACGUUUAUGAUGGGGACUCAAUUUAUGCACCGCUGGUUGCUGCAUUUAGUGGCCUCAUUGUUCCUGAGAGAGAUGGCAAUGAGACUGUCCCUGAGGUUGUUGCCACAUCAGGUUAUGCCCUGCUGCAUUUUUUUAGUGAUGCUGCUUAUAAUUUGACUGGAUUUAAUAUUACUUACAGUUUUGAUAUGUGUCCGAAUAACUGCUCAGGCCGAGGAGAGUGUAAGAUCAGUAAUAGCAGCAAUACUGUUGAAUGUGAAUGUUCUGAAAACUGGAAAGGUGAAGCAUGUGACUUUCCUCACUGUACCGACAACUGUGGUUUUCCUCAUCGAGGCAUCUGCAAUUCAAGUGAUGUCAGAGGAUGCUCCUGCUUCUCAGACUGGCAGGGUCCUGGAUGUUCAGUUCCUGUACCAGCUAACCAGUCAUUUUGGACUCGAGAGGAAUAUUCUAACUUAAAGCUCCCCAGAGCAUCUCAUAAAGCUGUGGUCAAUGGAAACAUUAUGUGGGUUGUUGGAGGAUAUAUGUUCAACCACUCAGAUUAUAACAUGGUUCUAGCGUAUGACCUUGCUUCUAGGGAGUGGCUUCCACUAAACCAUUCCGUGAACAGUGUGGUUGUUAGAUAUGGUCAUUCUUUGGCAUUAUACAAGGAUAAAAUUUACAUGUAUGGAGGAAAAAUUGAUUCAACUGGGAAUGUGACCAAUGAGUUGAGAGUUUUUCACAUUCAUAAUGAGUCAUGGGUGUUGUUGACCCCUAAGGCAAAGGAGCAGUAUGCAGUGGUUGGGCACUCUGCACACAUUGUUACACUGAAGAAUGGCCGGGUGGUCAUGCUGGUCAUCUUUGGUCACUGCCCUCUCUAUGGAUAUAUAAGCAAUGUGCAGGAAUAUGAUUUGGAUAAGAACACGUGGAGUAUAUUACACACCCAGGGUGCCCUUGUGCAAGGGGGUUAUGGCCAUAGCAGUGUUUACGAUGACAGGACCGGGGCCCUCUACGUUCAUGGUGGCUACAAGGCUUUCAGUGCCAAUAAGUACCGGCUUGCAGAUGAUCUCUACCGAUAUGAUGUGGAUACCCAGAUGUGGACCAUUCUUAAGGACAGCCGAUUUUUCCGUUACUUGCACACAGCUGUGAUAGUGAGUGGAACCAUGCUGGUGUUUGGAGGAAACACACACAAUGACACAUCUAUGAGCCAUGGCGCCAAAUGCUUCUCUUCAGAUUUCAUGGCCUAUGACAUUGCCUGUGACUGCUGGUCAGUGCUUCCCAGACCUGAUCUCCACCAUGAUGUCAACAGAUUUGGCCAUUCAGCAGUCUUACACAACAGCACCAUGUAUGUGUUCGGUGGUUUCAAUAGUCUGCUCCUCAGUGACAUCCUGGUAUUCACCUCGGAACAGUGUGAUGCGCAUCGGAGUGAAGCCGCUUGUUUAGCAGCAGGACCUGGUAUCCGGUGUGUGUGGGACACAGGGUCGUCUCAGUGUAUCUCGUGGGCGCUGGCAACUGAUGAACAAGAAGAAAAGUUAAAAUCAGAAUGUUUUUCCAAAAGAACUCUUGACCAUGACAGAUGUGACCAGCACACAGAUUGUUACAGCUGUACAGCCAACACCAAUGAUUGCCACUGGUGCAAUGACCAUUGUGUCCCCAGGAACCACAGCUGCUCAGAAGGCCAGAUCUCCAUUUUUAGGUAUGAGAAUUGCCCCAAGGAUAACCCCAUGUACUACUGUAACAAGAAGACCAGCUGCAGGAGCUGUGCUCUGGACCAGAACUGCCAGUGGGAGCCCCGGAAUCAGGAGUGCAUUGCCCUGCCCGAAAAUAUCUGUGGCAUUGGCUGGCAUUUGGUUGGAAACUCAUGUUUGAAAAUUACUACUGCCAAGGAGAAUUAUGACAAUGCUAAAUUGUUCUGUAGGAACCACAAUGCCCUUUUGGCUUCUCUUACAACCCAGAAGAAGGUAGAAUUUGUUCUUAAGCAGCUGCGAAUAAUGCAGUCAUCUCAGAGCAUGUCCAAGCUCACCUUAACCCCAUGGGUCGGCCUUCGGAAGAUUAAUGUGUCCUACUGGUGCUGGGAAGAUAUGUCCCCAUUUACAAAUAGUUUACUACAGUGGAUGCCAUCUGAGCCCAGCGAUGCUGGAUUCUGUGGAAUUUUAUCAGAACCCAGUACUCGGGGACUGAAGGCUGCAACCUGCAUCAACCCACUCAAUGGUAGCGUCUGUGAAAGGCCUGCAAACCACAGUGCCAAGCAGUGCCGGACACCAUGUGCCUUGAGGACAGCAUGUGGAGAUUGCACCAGUGGCAGCUCUGAGUGCAUGUGGUGCAGCAACAUGAAGCAGUGUGUGGACUCCAAUGCCUACGUGGCCUCCUUCCCUUUCGGCCAGUGUAUGGAAUGGUAUACAAUGAGCACCUGCCCCCCUGAAAAUUGUUCAGGCUACUGUACCUGUAGUCAUUGCUUGGAGCAACCAGGCUGUGGCUGGUGUACUGAUCCCAGCAAUACUGGCAAAGGGAAAUGCAUAGAGGGUUCCUAUAAAGGACCGGUGAAGAUGCCUUCGCAAGCCCCUACAGGAAAUUUCUAUCCACAGCCCCUGCUCAAUUCCAGCAUGUGUCUAGAGGACAGCAGAUACAACUGGUCUUUCAUUCACUGUCCAGCUUGCCAAUGCAACGGCCACAGUAAAUGCAUCAAUCAGAGCAUCUGUGAGAAGUGUGAGAACCUGACCACAGGCAAGCACUGCGAGACCUGCAUAUCUGGCUUCUACGGUGAUCCCACCAAUGGAGGGAAAUGUCAGCCAUGCAAGUGCAAUGGGCACGCGUCGCUGUGCAACACCAACACGGGCAAGUGCUUCUGCACCACCAAGGGCGUCAAGGGAGACGAGUGCCAGCUAUGUGAGGUAGAAAAUCGAUACCAAGGAAACCCUCUCAAAGGAACGUGUUAUUAUACUCUUCUUAUUGACUAUCAGUUCACCUUUAGUCUAUCCCAGGAAGAUGACCGCUAUUACACAGCUAUCAAUUUUGUGGCUACUCCUGAUGAACAAAACAGGGAUUUGGACAUGUUCAUCAAUGCCUCCAAGAAUUUCAACCUCAACAUCACCUGGGCUGCCAGUUUCUCAGCUGGAACCCAGGCUGGAGAGGAGAUGCCUGUUGUUUCAAAAACCAACAUUAAGGAGUACAAAGAUAGUUUCUCUAAUGAGAAGUUUGAUUUUCGCAACCACCCAAAUAUCACUUUCUUUGUUUAUGUCAGUAAUUUCACCUGGCCCAUCAAAAUUCAGAUUGCCUUCUCUCAGCACAGCAAUUUUAUGGACCUGGUACAGUUCUUCGUGACUUUCUUCAGUUGUUUCCUCUCUUUGCUCCUGGUGGCUGCUGUGGUUUGGAAGAUCAAACAAAGUUGUUGGGCCUCCAGACGUAGAGAGCAACUUCUUCGAGAGAUGCAACAGAUGGCCAGCCGUCCCUUUGCCUCCGUAAACGUCGCUUUGGAAACAGAUGAGGAGCCUCCUGAUCUUAUUGGGGGGAGUAUAAAGACUGUUCCCAAACCCAUUGCACUGGAGCCGUGUUUUGGCAACAAAGCCGCUGUCCUCUCUGUGUUUGUGAGGCUCCCUCGAGGCCUGGGUGGCAUCCCUCCUCCUGGGCAGUCAGGUCUUGCUGUGGCCAGCGCCCUGGUGGACAUUUCUCAGCAGAUGCCGAUAGUGUACAAGGAGAAGUCAGGAGCUGUGAGAAACCGGAAGCAGCAGCCCCCUGCACAGCCUGGGACCUGCAUCUGAUGCUGGGGCCAGGGACUCUCCCGCGCACGAGCUAGUGAGUGGCACACCAGAGCCAUCUGCAGGGAAGGGCGUGGCGGGGAAAUGGCUGUGCGGUGCGGGGCAGAAGACUGGAAACCCUCAAAGCAUCUGACUCACCUGCAUGAUCACAAGCUUUCUUUGACGGUUUCUCCCAUCUGUGUUCCAGCAUCUAACCUUUUACUUUUGCAUAGGAAAUACUUGAUUUAAUUACAGGUCCAGGGAUGAGCUGAUGGUUGCUGGAGGAGGCCGGUGUAGAGCCAGUGAGAGAACUAGGAAUGACACUCAGGUUCACUGUGGAAAACUGUUCUUGGGACUGUCUCAACUGUGCAAAAAAACAAAAGAUGGAGUGUUUACAAGUAGACGUUCAUCAUCAGUUGUUCUUGAACAUGGUCUUUUAAAAACUAGUCAGAUGAAUUAACUUGUUUUCAUCUGAAGCCUGCUAUCUUUUUUAAAAGAUGUGAUAUUUAUUCUUGCACGAUUUAGGCAAUUAUCUCUCUUCCAGGGAGUACCUUUUUUUCUAGUUGAGAAUUAAUAAUGGUCCAUCUCUUUUGAUCAUAUCAAGCUAGGAUAGAAGGGGGGCUAUUUUAAAUGUCAAGGUCAACAGUGUACUUUGAAUGUAAACUGGUAUAAUAGGUAGUUUUCUAUAGCAACUUGAUUAAUUUAGUCUUAAUCCAUUUGAAACUCUCUCUUCCUUUCUCUCUGCCUGUCCUUCUCCUUCCCCAUCUCACCCUCCCUCUCUCACACAUACACACACAAACACAUACACACAACACUAAGUGCCUAGACUUUAAAUAGAUCUAGCAAUUGGAAAGUUAGUAAGCCUAAGUUUUUACAUAAUUGCAUUCCUACAUUCUUGUAAAAUUUAAAUAGCUACCAUUGGCAAUCUGCUUUUUUUCUAAAAUCUGAUUUGCAGCCAGGAAAGAAUUUUCUCACCCAAGGAACGUUUGACCUAGCAGCAGGGUUGAGAGGAAAGCAGAAAUGAAUGAACUGUGAAAGCUCCUGUUUUUAUUAUCAAAAAGGACACUGUCAAGAAGGCGCCCCCUGCCCCCACCCCCGUGUCACCCUAGGCCUGUUAAGUGAUCAGAGGAAAGGACUCAUUCAUGUCACAUUUCCUUGAGCAGAAAAGAGCACUGAGAACACUUGGGACCCCUGGAUCAGAGAGCAGCUGUGUGUCCUGCAGCCUCCUCUGAACUUGUGGUUCAUUCUCAGGCUGGGGUGGACUGAGAUGCCAGGAAAGGGACAGCCUCCCAUUGUCAGGCAGAAGCUGCCCAAAGCCUGGAGAAGGACCUGUUUGCCCUCUUUCCCCCAGGAGGGGCUCAACCCACCCACCCUCCCUCUCAGACCAAGGUGGUGGCUGUGAGGAGGGCAGCAAAUGCUGACAAGGAUAAAAAGCACAUGGAAAAAAAGGACGAGGAGGGAAAACUCUGCCAAAUGGAAAAUGACCAAAUUUAAGAGGGUGGGACAGUCCCCUGCUCCUCUCCUAGACGGCACUGCCUGGAAAUUGUGUUUUCCCCAUUUAUGGUGCUCUGUAUUCUGGCAUUAUGCAGCAGCCUCCCAGAAGCUCUCUUCUGCUUCAAAACCUGGGAUCUCUGGCAUUACUCUAUUGGGAUGGACCACUGGACAGCAAUGCUCGAGUUUGUGAGUUUGGAGAAAUACUCAAAAGAGCUAAAACUGUGGGAUUUUACCUUUAAAUGCAGUGCCUAGAGAGAGAGUAUUGUCUCUUCCCCAACACUAACCCCACUCCCAUGAAGAAUUGCCUGGAAAGAUGUUUUCAAGGAAUUUGAACCAUAAAACACUAUCUGAUGCACGAAACACCUCUACUUUGAGACUCACCUCUCAUAAAGCUUCUUUUUCACAUUAUUGUUAAAGAGCAGACCUUCUAGAAAAGACCCCUCCUCUCAUGAGAUCCCCCAUCCCUGCUGCAGAACACAGCACCCAUGGCGCCUGCAGUGGACUGGCCCCUCAAUUCCCACAGGCCCCCCCGGCAAGGCAAAAGGGAGGCCCCUGGGCAUUGUCCUCCUACAAGGAAGAUCCUCUUUGUUUGUUCAAAGGACCAGUUUUCCUUAGCCAAAGAAGUCUCUUCCCCGUGUUAGUCCUAUGCCUUGAAAUAUCGUGCACCAUGACCCACAGCCAUCUGGUUAUGUCUUAUUUUUUUUCCUAAAAGAUAAUGUUUAUUUUUAAAAAGGAAGGAAGAAGCAAGUUAAGUUUCAUUCUGCUCCAGCGGUGGGGAAGCCGCUGAAUCCACCUGCUUCUCCUUUGCAACCAACAGCAAACAGCUUUCUCCGGCCUCAGGGCAGAAAAAGGGAAUGGCAGGGAGUAAGAGGCGCUGGGCUCGGAGCCUGUUACCAAGAAGGAAUUGGUUGUCAUCUGGCAAUGUUGCGCGUUGCAAGAGAGCCUGUAUAUAAAUUAAAAUAGUCAAGACAACACUGACCUUGCACUUGUACAUAACUAUACAGUAGUGUCCAGAAUGUUCAGACAUUCGGAGUGUACAUAAAACAGAAAAAAUCUUCAUGUAUUUUUAUUAAAUAUAACAAUGUCUGAGUUUCACCUAAGAUGUUUUUGUGCCAUAUGCUGGAUAUCCAGGUUCUCGCCAGGCCCCAAUACAUGAAUAACAAACCCAAGAAACGCAUCCCCAUUGUGUGAUGUGUUCAGAUGCAUCUGGCACCAAUUAGGUAUUUCUUAAAACAGGACUCAUCUGUCAGAGUGCAUAUGAAAAAUCAGGCAGGGAAUCGAAACGCUUGAGGAGACUCAGGAAGCAGAGGUGUCUCUGCCGCUGCCCUUGGCCCUGCAAGCACAUCAUGACCCUUUCUGGCGGCCUCUUGGUACUCUGGGUAGUGAGCGAUGACCAGUCUUGUCCUGAGAAAUGUUUCUCUUAGUCUUUAAGUUCAAAGACUAUAACCUGUGGCAAUCAGACUUUCCAAAAGGGGAUUCUCCAUUUUUUGUAGUUUUGUCUAAAUUUUUAAUGACCGUUUCCUGGAAUCAGUUUAUUAUACUGAAAACUGGGGGUGGGAGUAGGGAGCUAGUUUGUUGAUAAAUAGUUCCCAUUUCCCCGUGGAGAAUUUGACACACCCUGAACUCCUGUGUGCCUCCUGCCGUCCCUGCACACAGCCUGGGGAGAAGCCUGUGCCUCCCCGUGUGGAGAAAAGGCAACCCCAGAUCCCCUGAGCUAACCCGGAGGAAAGGCAGUCCUGGACAGAAGACUGUCAGCAGAAGGAAAGUACUGGACUACCCGUGGGUAAGGCCUGCCAUUCAAGAAUGGAGACACCUGGGAAAUAAAAAGAGCAGAGCACUGCCGGUGGGAAGAGGCAUUUUACCUUCCAGUGCAAAUCCUGCUCCUUUGAUUUAAUGGGGUGUACUGGGGCCAGGGGCUGAUUCACUUCCUUGGGAGAUGGUGGUGUUUUCAUGAACAUCUUUGAUCCUUCUAUUUCAUUUAUUCAUCCAUCCAUUCAAGAAGUAUUUACUAAACACUAACCUAAGCUAAUGCUAGGGUAGUGACUGAGUGUAAAAAUACAUUUUAGAAUUAAAACAAAAUCCAAGUCCUCACACCCCUGUCAUCCCAGGAGAUCUUUCCUUGUGGUGGUUUCUGUGAGAACUGGCCAUCCUGAGGACAGAGCCAGGAUGGCAGAGGCCUCCUGUCCUCAGGGCAUGCCCUGCCUACUUUCUGAAAUGUUUACCCCAUUGACCAAACUUGGCUUCAGCCACUGCGGUGGUUUCUAGAUAGCCGGGCCCACCAAGAGACAUUGCCCCUUGAUGAGAGUCAAACACCCUGCCUACAAGGAGAUGUUUUGAAGUGGAGAGGAAAAUUGGCGCCUUCUCUUUUAAAGGCAAUAAUGGAAUUGACUUUCAGUAACUGAAUUUGUGCACAAAACAUUCUAAACACUAGUGAAGCCUGUUUCGUUGAACUAAUUCUGGCUCUGGAAAUGUUUUUGUUUUAUAGUUAUUUACGAUUUCGUUUAUUUGGAUUCAAGCUUAGUCUGUUAAUAUGUAUAAUUUAGCAUCUAUUACACUCAUGUAAAUAUGGAGUAAGUAUUGUAAACUAUUUCAUUGCUGGGGAUUGUGGGUGUUAUACAUACAUUUAGGACUGCAAUUUUUUGGUAUUUUUUGUAUUGUAAAAUAACAGCUAAUUUAAGCAGGAACAAGAGAACUAAGGGAGGUCUGUGCAUUUUAAACACAAAUGUGAAGAACUUGUAUAUAAACAAAAGUAAAUACUAUAAUACAAACUUCCUUCUGAAAUAAAAGUAGAUCUGGUAAAA